GCCAUCGCGGUUUACAUACACUUUACGCACAACACACGAGAACACGCCGUGUGUGCCGACGCCGAAUCGCGAACCAACUACCGGCACGGUAAGAGGAGCACGCACGACGAUGGCGGGCCGGAGCAGCAGCCUCUCCAUGGCCUCCGCGCACCGGCUCUUCGCGCCGGCGCGCCCGCUGCAGCACGCCGCCGACCCGGCCCUGGAGCUCGACGAGGCCGACAUCAUCUGGGGCGCGGGCGCCGCGCUGUCCUCCUCGCCCGUCGACACGUACGGGCGCGCCCUGUCGUCCGCGCACACGCCCGCCUCCAGGGCCUCUAGGCCCCGCGCCGCGGCGCCACGGGAGGUCACCACCGCCGGCGUUGGUGGCGGACCGGCGUCUAUGCCGGUGAACAUCCCGGACUGGUCCAAGAUCCUCGGCGCGGAGUACGGCGGCGGGGGCGGCAGCGCGGGGCGGUGGGCGUCGGACGAGCGCGGGGACGCGUACGGCGAGAGCGGCGGCUGGGUGCCGCCGCACGAGCAGCUCAUGUGCCGGGAGCGCGCCGCGGCGUCCUUCUCCGUGCGCGAGGGCGCCGGCCGCACGCUCAAGGGCCGCGACCUACGCCGCGUCCGCAACGCCAUCUGGGAGAAGACAGGCUUCCAGGACUAACUGAUCCUCCGCCCAGAGCAAACACGGCGAUCAAGCGUUCCCUUUAGUAAUCACGGUGGCCCUUAUGGAUUGAUUUGAUGAGUUCUUUCUUCUUCUUCUUCUCCUUUUUUUUUCUUA